UAGAGAUGGCUGGCAAGCCAAAUACUCUGGCAUUAUAUUCUCAAAGUCAAUUAGACCAUAUGUGCGCUCUGGAUAUCAACAGUCAAGUAUCUUUUGUCCGUUUAUCUGGUAUCAUUUGUACAAUCGGUCCUGCAUCCAGAUCUGUGGAGAUUUUAGAAAAAAUGAUUGAGACAGGAAUGAAUAUUGCUCGAUUGAACUUCUCUCAUGGGUCUCACGAAUAUCAUGCUGAGACUAUCGCUAAUGUUCGCCAGGCGCAAAAGAAUUUAACCGCCCGUGCCGGUAUCAAUAUUCCUGUUGCUAUUGCUCUUGACACAAAGGGUCCUGAAAUCCGUACCGGUCUGUUAGAAGGUGGUGGCUCGGCUGAAGUUGAGUUAAUUAAAGGCCAGACCUUUAAACUAUCCACUGACAAGGCAUAUAUAGAGAAAGGAAAUGCUCAAGUUGUGUAUGUUGAUUACGAAAAUAUCUCAAAGGUAUUAAAGACGGGGAAUCGCGUAUUUGUGGACGAUGGUUUGAUUUCUCUCAUUGUUUCCGCUAUCAGUCCCAAUUUAAUCUCUACGACUGUUGAAAAUGGUGGUAUGUUGGGUUCGCGCAAAGGUGUGAAUUUGCCAGGAGUGCCAGUGGAUCUUCCAGCAGUGUCAGAAAAAGAUAAAUCCGAUCUUCAGUUUGGUGUUGAAUACGAAGUCGAUAUGAUAUUCGCCUCCUUUAUUAGAAAUGCUGCUGCAUUAACUGAGAUUCGUGAUAUUCUCGGUGAAAAGGGUAAAAACAUCAAAAUCAUAUCGAAGAUUGAAAAUCAACAAGGUAUGACGAAUCUUGAUGAGAUUAUCGAUGCAUCCGAUGGUAUUAUGGUAGCACGUGGUGACUUGGGAAUAGAAAUACCACCGCAGAAGGUAUUCCUGGCACAGAAGUCUAUGAUCAGCAGAUGCAACAAAGUUGGCAAACCAGUAAUUUGUGCUACGCAAAUGCUGGAGUCUAUGGUAAAAAAACCACGUGCUACGAGAGCUGAAACUUCAGAUGUUGCUAAUGCUAUUCUCGAUGGUGCUGAUUGUGUUAUGUUGUCAGGUGAAACAGCAAAAGGAGAUUAUCCUUUGGAAUGUGUUCGUACAAUGGCUAAUAUUUGUAAGGAAGCAGAAGCUGCGAUUUGGCAAACUCAAAUCUUUCAUGAUCUGUCGAGCAAAGCUCUGCCGCCUAUAGAUGCCACGCAUGCAGUUGCCAUUGCCUCUGUAGAAGCAUCCGUCAAAUGUUUGGCUAGUGCUAUCAUUGUUAUUACAACAUCUGGUCGAUCCGCACAUCUAAUUGCGAAAUAUAGACCUCGUUGUCCUAUUAUUGCAGUUACCAGAUUUCAUCAAGUUGCUCGACAAGCGCAUUUAUACCGUGGAAUAUUACCCUUGUACUAUGAAGAAGUACCACUGGUCGAUUGGGUGAAGGAUGUGGAUGUACGUGUACAAUACGGAUUAAAUUUUGGUAAAAUUCGUGGUUUUAUCAAAAUUGGUGAUUCUGUAAUAGUUGUGACAGGAUGGCGGCAAGGCUCGGGCUUUACGAAUACACUUCGUGUGGUGACUGUUGAUUAAACUACACAUUAUACUGGAAAGUUCUAGGAAGUAUAAUCUUCGUGGAUGUAGAUGUAAUACAAAAAUUUGUUAAGUAAUACUUGAACAUGUAUGUAAUUGUAUAUGAUUCUUUUACGAGUUCUAUUAAAUGCAGUUAUAUGACAAUAA